GCACGGACACAGACCUAGCUAAUUGUCAGCUUCCUUGUUUUUCUCAGCAGUCUCGAAGAGGUUUUUGUUCCGCUGAGGGUGUUUUCAGCUUUUCAGCGGCCACACAGAAUGUUGACAGAUGGAGUCCUCACACGGGGAGCUUUUGGAUGGACCACUCAGGGAAACUUCACCUCAUUGUGCCCUAAUGGGUCUAAAUGGGUUUGGGAAGGGCUCGGGGAAUGUGCCCAGGAUGCAAGAGAUAUGGCCAGCAUCUACUUAGGCCUGCUGUCUAUCCUCUGCUUCAUGGUGUCUUCACUCCCACAGUACUACAGCUCAUGCAAAACAGGGAAUAUGGACAGUGCCCUCUCUAUUUGGUUUCUUCUACUGUGGUUGGGAGGUGACACCUGCAAUCUGGUGGGCUCCUUCUUGGCCGACCAGCUUCCGCUUCAGACAUAUACAGCAGUUUAUUACGUUGUGGCCGACUUGUUGAUGCUGGCCAUGUACUCAUACUACAAGACAAGGAACAGAAUAGCUGAACGCAGGAGGGUCCUAAACGUGGUGGGUGUGGUCUGCGUCCUGGGCUUCACUACCAGCCUCGCCCACCUUCCCGGGUUAGGCAGCCAACCGGAUGUUAUUCCCUCUGGGUUCAGGGGGCGCACCUUGCUCUCAACCACUGAUGCUACCCCUAUCAGGGCUUUUACCCCUAAAGAGAUCAUUGGUUUCUCCAUCGGUUCGGUGUCCUCGGUGCUCUACCUCUGUUCCAGACUCCCCCAGAUGUACACUAAUUUCAAGAGGAAGUCGACAGAGGGAGUAUCUUACUUCCUCUUUGCUCUGGUCAUUUUGGGAAAUACUACAUACGGCCUGAGCGUCCUGCUGAAAAACCCCGACGAUGGCCAAGGCGAGAAAAGCUACCUGAUCCAUCACCUGCCCUGGCUCAUCGGCAGCCUCGGCACACUCUCCUUAGACGUAAUCAUCUCCAUCCAGUUCGUAAUUUACCGCAAAGCUUCACCGGCGGUGGACGGUGGCCACGAUGAGACAACGCCUCUGAUCAGGAGCUAAACUUUCGAGUGCAGAGUGUACUGGUGGGACACAAGCAGACACUCGCUUCCAGCGAACCCUCAAGAUCACAUUUCCAACACCAAAUUGGGAUAAAAAAAAAAACAUUUUAGUUUUAAUUUUAUAGUUUUAUUUAUUAUACCCUUUUUUAUGUUUACAAUUUGUUUUAAUCUGCAGAAGCAGAGAGUCAGAUGGAGUUCUUCCCUUGGGUUCAGCUGCAGUGAUGUGAUUCACACUGCUCUCAAUGUUAAGAGUUUUAAAGGGAUGGUUUAGGGGUUCAGGUGUCGAACAUGGAUGAAAACUUCUCCUGUCAACCUGAACUCCUUCUCCUGAUUUUAGGUCACAACCUCAGUUUGAUGUCAGACCUCAGGUAGAUGUCAGUAAACCUGCUGGCUUGGGUGACCAGACAGCACAGAGGUUUCUCUAAAUUUAUUCUGUUGUUUUAACGUUGCCAAACUUUUUGACAGUCAUGACACAAACCACUGCAUGAAGCCCCGUCUGAUCUUGUUUACAGUGUUUCAGAAAAGCUCCUGAAACUUGAAUCUUUUAUUUUUCGGGCUCUGAGAAGUAAAUGCGGCGACAUGUCAGACUGGAAAAGAUGAAAUGUUUAGUAAAAAUGUAAAUUGUAUUUAGUUUAUUUUAAAUUGAUGUGUAUAUCAUGUGGGAUGAUUUAAAAAAAAACAAAAAAAAAAAACAAACAAACAACAAAACAAACUUUUUGUGCAUUUUAGAUACCUUUUUAAUUGUAGUUGUACGGUUUUAUUUUACUUUUGAUCGGUUUUGUUUGCACUGGUGAUAACGGUCACUUGAUACAGAUUUUCACUACCAUGUUUAAUUUACACAUUUUUUUUCAUUCUCAGUUUUGCACAUUUUGACGCAAAAGUCGGUUUUGUACUUGUAAAAAAUAAUAAAUAUGUUAAAAAAUAAUUAAACAAAUGGAUUACA